CUGAGAAUAUUACCCAUAAUUCAUCAGUGUAGGGCAAGAGAAACACCAGGCGGGUAAUAGGAAAAGUGAUGCCGUGCUAUAUAGCUUCUUGUCAAACUUGUUUUUAAUAAUUGCCUUUAUUUUAUACAGUUAGUCAAAAAACGUGAACGUCAAACUUUUCAGUGUUAGAAGUCAGACAUUUAGUCGCUUUUCCCUUGUACGUUUCAAAAACAAGCAAGCUUGUGUGGGUUUGAGUUUCGGACGUCGUUACAAGCUAACAAUCGUGUGAUGCUGUUCGGCUAAGGUUUACCUAAGUGUAUGAAGCCCACGUAGCCUUUUGGUGUUAAAUGUGGACGACUUAGGUUAAAAUGUCUGGUUUUAACUUCGGUUCGGGGGCUCUUGGCGCGACCAACAACACAGGUGGAGGAUUUUCAUUCGGAGCGGCAACCAGUGCACCUGCCGCUAGUACUAGCGGCUUUUCUUUUGGGACUGUUCUUGGAACGGCAGCUGCAACCCCUGCUUCCACCACCACUACAGCAUCCCUUGGUUUAGGAGGAAAUCCUUUUGGCCAAAAACCAACCGGAGGAUUUUCUUUUAAUACACCUACCUCAAGUGCUGCUGCACCCGCGACAGGCCUUACAUUAGGUGGAGCACCAGCUUCUACAGCUGCCACUACUGGUUUCAGUUUAGCCUUUAGCAAGCCUACUGCCUCAGCAUCACCAUUCUCACUCACCACCAGUACCGCCUCCUCAACUGUUGGAACAGGUUUAUCGUUCGGCUCUAUCCUAACCUCCACCGCUCCGCAGCAGCCGGCAGCCACAACCUUCUCCCUUGGUCUUGGUGGCUCAACAGCUUCCACAGCAGCCUCAACAGUGCCAUCACUUGGAGGGAGUUUGUUCAGCAGUUCUGUGUCUACAGGUUUGGGGCAAACCACUCUUGGAGCAGGUGGUGGGCUAACAUUAGGUUCUUUGCUUGGUACCUCAACUGCAGCAUCAACUGCCCCAGCUCCAAGUAUUGGCCUUGGUGGAGUUGAUUUCAGCACUUCCUCAGAGAAUAAGAGUGACACGUUAUCUGGAUCCAGUGAGCAGGACAGUAAAGUUUUAAAAGAUGAGAAUCUGCCCCCAGUUAUUUGUCAAGAUGUUGAAAACUUUCAAAAAUUUGUCAAAGAACAGAAACAGGUGCAGGAAGAGAUCAGCAGGAUGUCCUCAAAAGCAAUAUCUAAAGUCCAAGAUGACAUCAAGAACCUCAAACAGCUUCUCUCUGUGAAUGCAAGCGGUCUGCAACGCCAAGCUCUGGCCAUUGACAAGUUAAAACAGGAAACGGCUCAGGAGCUGAAAAAUGCUGACAUAGCACUGCGGACACAGAAGACCCCCCCUGGACUCCAGCAUGAAAACACAGCUCCAUCAGAUUAUUUCCGAAGCCUUGUGGAGCAGUUUGAAGUGCAGCUGCAACAGUACCGGCAGCAGAUCGAAGAGCUGGAAAAUCACCUGACAACACAGAGCAGCGGCUCCCACAUCACUCCUCAGGAUUUGACGAUGGCCAUGCAAAAGUUGUACCAAACAUUUGUCGCACAGGCUGCUCAGCUUCAGUCUGUCCAUGAGAACGUCAAGAUUUUGAAGCAGCAGUAUCUUUCCUAUCGUCGAGCCUUUCUGGAAGAUACCACAGACAUUUUUGAGACCAAGCGCGCGUCCAACAGGAAAUGGCAGAGUGCAUCACGAGUCACAACUGGGCCUGCUCCCUUCUCCACCGUACCCAACGCUGCAGCUGUUGCCAUGGCAGCCACGUUGACCCAGCAACAGCAGCCAACUCCAGGGACACAGGCACCCUUGGGGGCAGGAUUUGGAAAUCCUUUUGCCUCAGCAGUGGGCACUAGCCUGGGCUCCUCUACCCUUGGAGGAUUUGCUGGUGGACCAGGAUUCGGCGGCGUGGGCUGUGCGGGGUCGUCUUUUGGCUUCUCCACCGCUGCCAAGCCCGCAGGGGGCAGUCUGAGUGCAGGUUUUGGCAGCACCAGCAGCUCGGGCUUCAACUUCAGCAACCCGGGCAUAAACCCGUCGGCUGGCCUGACCUUUGGCGUGUCUAACCAGCCUGCUGUGGGUUUCGGAGCAGGAGGGCCACUUCUCCAGCUAAAAAAGCCUCCCGCCGGUAACAAAAGGGGCAAGAGAUAGGCAUAGCAGAAAGACUGAACUUUGGGACAAAAAAAAAAAAAAAGAAGGCUCCAGUGCUUGAAGUAAGUAAGGCCUGGAUUUUAAAAGCGCAAGUAAGGGGGAAAUAGAAAAAAAAAGACAAAAGUGAUUAGACAUGCCACUUUUCAAUAAAAGGAUUGAUUAUUUAUAUUUUUUUAUGUUUUCUCUCAUUGAACAAGAGGAAAACUUAAUGCAAUCUGUUUUUUUUUCUAAGAAAUCAGAGUUACCCACCAGUUUGGCUCCAUUCUGCUAACAAAGUUCGUUUAUUAUUUUUCUUUUAUUCUUUUCACAAACUGCCGGAAACUGAGAUUGGGCGAACUUCGUUAGCAAGAUACGUUAAGUUUGGAUGUCGACACAAAAUUCUUACAGAAGUGGGUGGCGUUUGGUUGUGUUUGGACCCUUCAGUCUUUGCUUCAUCGUGUUGUGGGUGACUGCCAGCGAAGAACAAAGCUGUUUUUGGUUGUCUUUUUUUUUUGUAUGUUUUUGUCCAAAUAUUUUGUAGAGCAAACAGAUUUUUCUUGUGCCUCAGUAAAAAAAAAAAAAAAAAGUGUAGAUGGUUUAAUAGAACUGCACUCAAAUACUUUUCAGAAGAUGACGACCCAUGUCUCUUUAUUAAAAGAAAAUUGUGGAGUAUUACAUUGAUAGUUGUAAUGCCUGGGUGACUAUGGGGCAAGUCAGUUUUAUUUUUGUACGGAGCAGAAAAAGAAGCAAUACUUGGCGAGGAUAAAAGGGGACUAAUGUGUUGAGCUAUAGAAAAGUCAAGUCCACAUAACCUGUAUUUUUUGUUGAAAUCCAUCCUUUAUGUUGAAUUUUUCUUUUUUUUUUGUUCCUGUGUCCUUCCGUAUUGACCUUGGAAAUGGAAUCUGUGUCUUCACCCCAGCCCCAUAUGAUGUUUAAGUUAGUUGAAUUGAAAAUGUUUACAAGUCUUUUCUGCUUAGUCAGAUUUAACUUGUAGAACCAUUUUGCACCCAGUGUAUGUGACUCAUUUUUGUCCUUGUCGUGCAGUUAAGGAUUGAUGUCUAUUCUUCUUUUUCUGUGGGAUUAUUCCCCCCCCUGCCGCUUUGGUUACCAAAUGUUGGUAGUCGUAUUGUCUCUUUUCUAAUCAGUCUGUGGAAACUUGUAUCUUCAAGAUGCUGUUUAAUAAACUUUUUUUUGCUUAUG